AUGGAAACUACAUUAAAAUUUCAUAUUUUCCUAGUUCUAGAUACAGACGCAAUUGAAAUAGCGACUCACAUACCACGAGUAGUUGAGAAUUUACUUAAAGACAAUGAAACUCGAAGAAUUAUAAAUGGAGACGAAGUUACUGACGGUAGACCGUACAUGGUAUAUCUAAAAUUACCAAGGAAUAGCAAGAAGACACAAAAUUAUAGAUCUUGGUUAUGUGGAGGUGUGAUCAUUCAUGAAGAGUACAUCUUAACAUCAGCCGCAUGUAUUGAAGAUGCUGAACAUUUUUAUGUUGUAUCCGGAACAUAUUCAGAUGAAGAUGACAGAUAUAAUAAUCCUUGCAUCAAAAACGGUGCAAAGAAAGCUAUUUGGAAAUGCGUACCGAAAAAUUAUGUCUUCGAUGGUCACGAAAACGACAAUAUUAGGUGGAUGAAUAACGACAUCGCUGUUGUGAAAAUAGAAGAUGGGUUUGACUUUAGUAGACGGGUCAGGGGAUGCGACUUUGUACCUAAACCUAUUUGUUAUAAUAACCAAAGUCAAACGUUAGAAAAUCCUGGAACUGUUGUAUCUAUCGCUGGAUGGGGAACCACAUCGAGAUAUAACGAUUGGGUAAAUAGAAGAAAGGACAAUCAGCAGAAUCUUCUAGAAACUCACGUGGAAAUAAUACCCAAGAACAGAUGCAAACGAAGAUGGGGAGCGAGAUACCAUAACAUCAUUGAGAACUACAUGAUCUGUACCAAAGAUAUAGGACAGACGAUGUCUGAAAUUUGUAAUGAAAAGUACGUAGACUGUCAAGAUAUAAGCUACUCCGACGAAGACGAUGCCAGACGAGAUACAAGAAUCCAGAAAAAGGACAAAGUUCCUACAAAUCUUUCAAUGCACUCAGCAUAUCAUAAUGAUAGCAGACGAUUUACAUCACAAGCUGAUGGUGGAUUCUGUGAGAACGAUCAUGGUGGCCCAUUAGUUUAUGGUACAGGGGUAAACUCUGUAGCUAUCGGAAUAAUCUCGGCAUGUCUCGUGAAAGAGAGAACAAAUAAAUGCUAUGGUCCAUUCCUUUACACGAGCAUUUAUAAAAACAGACAGUUUAUUUCAUGUGCUAUCUACAAAGAUGUUGAGCCAAAAUGUAGACGACAAUUUAGAUCUGGUGUUACUCACGUCGAGAAAGUACUGUCAUGGAAAAAUCAUCCUGACGGACCAGCCAAGAAUGAGCUCGGGCCUGGUAAAGCGAAAGUACAAAACAUAGUUCAACGAGCGAACGAGAAUUCUGAAGCAGACAAAGUCUUCGCUGGUAGUGGCUUCAUAUUAAGACCAGAAAAUGACGCGAAACCAGCUUCAGUAGUUAAUGCUACCAAGAAAGCUUGA